UUUCACCAUCACUCCCUCAUAUAUACCUCUCUCUCUCUCUUCCCCCCCCCCCUCCUUAGUGAUCAUCUUCUUCUCAUUCCUUUCAAUUAUUCCUGGCUCGCUGCCAAGAUCAUGGCCACUGUUGAGGUUGUAUCAGCAAAAACUGCCCUGCCAGAGGAAGCAACCGAGAAGAAGAUCAGUGAAGAGAAUAAUAUUCCAAUUCCAACACCAACACCAACACCAGCUGAUGAGCCUCGUCAGGCUAUGUCGUCUGAGGAAUCACAACAGCAAGAAAACCCUGCCAUCUCACAAGCAGAAGGAGCCAAGGUUGAGACAGUGACAGAAGAGGCAGCAAAAGAGAAGACAGAUGAAGAGACCAAGAAGGAAGAAGACGAGACAACAGCUGUAGUAGUUGCAGAAGAAACCACCAAAGAAAAUACUGAUGAAGUUGUUGCAGAUCAGGCCGAGGCACCCAAGACUGAAGAAGAAACUAAGAUAAUUACUGAAGUUGAAGACAAGGCUGAGAAGGAGGAGGAGACAACAGAGAAGCCAGAAGCCUCAGUUCAUGAAAAGAGUGAAGAGAAGGAAAAGAAGAAAGAAGUUGCAGAGACUGAAGAGAAACAAGAGAAGAAAGAAGCAGAUACUGAAGAGAAAGAAGAGAAGAAAGAAGCAGAGACUGAAGAGAAGAAGAGUGAAGAAGGCACAGAAGCUGAGCCUGAAGCGGCAACUGAGAAGGCUGAAGAAUGAGAGGAACCAAGCUAGGCAUGCAUGCAUGGGACCCACAUCAAGUGAAUUGGGACCCGCACUCCAAUGGAUUCUAUAGUUCUCUCUUUUUAAUAAUAAUCUGUUAUGUAUUUGAUGAGUUCAUAUUGAGAGAGGGUUAGUUUCUUGUGUUUGGUUGUGUCGUGUUUGUGGUGUUGCAUGUCAGUUAAGUUGUUGCGUUGUGUUUAGUGGUCUACGUACGGACUGGGUCGCCCACGUGGCAAUGCAUGAAUCAGUGUGUAUGUUAAAUUAUAAUGAUGGUGCUUUUGUGAUGUGAUUUGAUACAUGCAUCUGCUUUGUGGGGGUAAUAAUUUGUUAAUGUUUGUUGGCUACCA